UACCAAGAAAAAAAACCUGGCGAAACAUUCCAUUUGUUGUGUUCGAAGAUAAUAGGCCUCAAGAAGGGUGAAACGAUAAAUAAAAGAAUAUAAAUUAAUCUCUUUCGCCUAGAAAUUGGUCUUGUGACCCCGCGUACGGUUGUUAGUUUCCUUGCCAGUUUUAGCUUAUGCGUGUUCAGUGCACAAGUGCUGCAGUGUUUGUGUGAAGUGAUACCUAUUUGGAAAUUUUUCCACAAACGACCCUGUUUGUGGGUCGCUGUGUGUCAAUCAAGUAGGCACAUUUUCUCUGUGCACUGUGCGGAAUGUACAUGGUUUCUAGAUUGGUGUCUUGCUUUUUGGUGAAGGUGUGAAAAGAAGCUUCUGGUUGGCGUGUACGGGGUUGUGCGUGCGGAUCGCACUCCGAUGCCUUUGUUGAUCUAGAGAAGUGACGAAAGUUUAUCCCUGGUGAAGGAUAGUAGCAGUGGGGCUGAAAGAUUGCUCAAAGAUAAAACGGCUACUGGACAAGUAAAGCCUACCCACCAUGAGCAAACAUAUGUACACAACGGCAAAUCUGUCGGAUGUGGAGCUGAAGGACCAAGGAAAUCGGUUGUUCUCCGCACGGAAGUACGACGAUGCCGUCAACCUAUACACAAAAGCGAUCAUCAAAAACUCCACAAAUGCCACCUACUUCACCAAUCGCGCCCUUUGUCACAUCAAGAUGAAGCGCUGGGAAACGGCCUGUAGCGACUGUCGGCGUGCCCUCGACAUGGAUCCGAACCUGGUGAAGGGACACUUUUUUCUUGGUCUUAGCCUGAUGGAGCUGGAAUCGUUCGACGAAGCGAUCAAACAUCUGCAGCGCGCUCACGAUCUGGCCAAGGAGCAGAAGCUUAACUUUGGGGAUGAUAUUGCCUCCCAGCUGCGGUUGGCCCGAAAGAAACGCUGGAACAUACAGGAGGAGAAGCGCAUUUGUCAGGAGAUAGAGCUGCAAAGUUAUUUGAAUAGGCUUAUCACGGAGGAUAUGGAAAAUCGCUUAGCUAAGCUGAAGUUGGAUGACACGAUCAAUGAGGAAACGCUCAAGGAAAAUGCGUUAGAAAUCGAACGAGAGGGUGAAAACCAUAUGACUGAAUUAAACAAUCUGUUUGCUAAGGUUGACGACAGAAGGCGGAAACGAGAAGUACCUGAUUAUCUAUGCGGCAAGAUCAGUUUCGAGCUGCUGGUAGAUCCCGUUAUUACACCAUCCGGUAUGACGUACGAGCGAAAGGAUAUCGAGGAGCAUCUGCAGCGGGUCGGCCAUUUCGAUCCGGUUACGCGCGUGAAACUUACGCAGGAUCAGUUGAUAUCGAACUACUCGAUGAAGGAGGUAGUCGAUGCGUUCCUGCAGGAAAAUGAGUGGGCGCUGGACUAUUAGUAAACGUAGACACGCAGGAAAGGAAUUGUUAGUCAGGUGCGGGUGUAUGAUUCAAGCAUGGAACGAAUGUAUCGGAAGGAAUGUGUAAGUAAACGUGUAGCAGUGUAUUAAAUGUGUCUUUUCGCUCCUAGAACGAUUCUCAAACCUAAUGGAUAUGUGGUUAGAAGAAAUAGAAGAAAAAAUGUGGAUUGAAUAUUGUCAAAUGAAAGCAAUCCAGGUGUGUUACAACUAACCCCCCGCCCCCCGCCGUAAAUGAUAUCGCGCGAUAGGUGCGUGAGAUGGCCUCUGUGCGCAAGCAAGCGAUAAGAGUGUUUUCAAGCGCAAACUGAACUAGAACAGCGUAAAAAAAAAAUAACUUCCCUCUCUGUUUUGUCCACGUAGUUUACGUUCUUGGCCAGGCGCUUCUUUUCGAUGUGAUUUAAGUAAGGGACUUUAAGUAAUUAGGUAUGUAAUUUAAAGAUUUCUGCGCCAGUAGUCAACGGCGCUUCGAUCUACUGUUAGUAAGUGUAGUGAGAGCAGAAGCAAGCAGAAGAGAAAACACAUAAAAACAGCAUAACUCUUUAAUCGAUAGCGGUUGGUACGCUUUUCGGUGAUAAUCUAAUCCGUUUUGAAAUCUUGAGCGUAGUUUUUGUUUUCUGUCAAAACUAGUAAAUAAACGAAUGCUAUAAUGAAGUUAAUGUUACAAGAGGGGAAAAAAAACUCUUUCGAAUAUUGCUGUCCACAUUAAAGAUGUAAUAUUUAAGGUGGAGAUAUACACUCAGAGUUGCUCGAAGAAAAAAGUAAUUGGUGCCGCGUUUGCUGUACUCCUUCGGCAAAAAACAUCGAAAUCCAAAUCUUUUAAAAUGUAAUGAAAAAGAAUAGAUACACGAAAGAAAAAAUAGGUACAUUGGUUUACCGGGUUUUUGGAGAAAACGGAACAUUGAAGAAUAUUAACGUACGGCCGAUGAGGUUACUCUUUUGGUUGUAACUUCGUUGUUGGUUGGAACAAGUUAUUUAAAAUGUUCACUAGAUAUUCUCCUAGAAAGCAAAAAUGUAAUAGAUUUUAUUUGAUUUUGAUUUCGAACAAGCUGACUGUUGUAUAUCUCCCCUUUUGUUUUGAACUAUUGUUUUGAAAAUUGUACACAUUAAAGAAGCAAUUUGAAAAAGAUACAAUUUAGUCAAGUUGGUUUGAUAGUUUUGGUGACUUUGGUAGAAUUGUUAAAGCAAGUUAAACAUAUCCGGGUUUCGUUCAUUAUCACGAGCUUCAAACAUAAAUCUGGCUGGAAAAAGAUUGUUUAAGCGUUUGCUGAUGCUGACUAUUAUUGAAUUCUUGUUUCUGAAAUAAAUUUUCCUUAUCCAAACAUGUACAAUGGUCCAAGUUAAA